GGCCUCUGCUAGUCGAUUGCCUUCCUCAUGGAUUCCCGUAGCAUCCUCCUGCCCCCAAGCUAGUGCUGGAGGAGGGUGCCGGUGGCAAGGACGUGCUUGUCCGAUCCUGGCCCCCGUGAGACACAGCCGCUUAACUCUUGAGGUCUGUGGGGCCGAUAGGAGCUUGGAGAUGAGCCUCUGUCUUUAAUGCACACCACGGACGCGCUCGUAUCCCUAUACACACACUCCUCAAGGCUCACGGAGCGGACAACUGUUGUGGCUCCUUCUGUAUAGCUGUACGCUUAUGUAAGUGGGAGCGCAGAAGGGGGGAAAGACUCCCCAGUUCCUGGACAAGUGGGGCUGAAGGAGAAUGUCUUUAUUUAAAGCCCGUGACUGGUGGUCUACAACAGUUGGCAACAAAGAAGAAUUUGAUCAAGGCUGCUUAUGUGUUGCAAAUGUGGAUAAUAGCAGCAGUGGGCAGGAUAAAAUAAUUGUGGGUAGUUACAUGGGAUUUCUUAGAAUCUAUAAUCCCCAUCCUAUAAAACCUGGAGAAGCUUUGCAAACUGAAGAUCUGCUCUUGGAAGUACAAUUAUGUGAGCCAAUACUGCAGGUUGAAGUAGGAAAAUUUGUUUCUGGUACAGAACUGCUACAUCUGGCUGUACUGCACUGCAAAAAACUGUGUGUGUAUGCUGUCUCAGGAACUUUAGGGAACAUUGAACAUGGUAAUCAGUAUCAGCUGAAACUCAUGUAUGAACACAAUCUUCAGCGAACAGCCUGCAACAUGACUUAUGGACCAUUUGGAGGUAUAAAAGGUCGUGAUUUGAUCUGCAUACAGUCUGUGGAUGGAAUGCUUAUGUUGUUUGAGCAAGAAAGCUAUUCUUUUGGUCGUUUUCUACCUGGAUUUCUUCUGCCUGGUCCACUAACAUACAGCUCUCGAACAGAUUCCUUCAUUACCAUCUCUUCUUGUCGGCAGGUUGAGAGUUAUAAGUACCAAGUUCUUGCAUUUGCAACAGAUGCUGCCAAAAAAGAAACAGAGCAACAAAAACUUGGGUCUGGGAAAAGGCUUUUGGUGGACUGGGUUUUAAACAUUGGAGAGCAAGCUCUGGAUAUAUGUGUUAUCUCUUUCAAUAUGACUGUUUCCUCUGUGUUUGUGCUUGGAGAAAGGAACUUCUUUUGUCUUAAGGAUAAUGGACAAAUUCGGUUCAUGAAAAAGCUUGAUUGUAGCCCAAGUUGCUUUCUUCCGUAUUGUUCAGUGUCUGACGGAACUAUAAACACUCUUAUUGGAAACCACAACAGCAUGUUACAUGUUUAUCAAGAUGUGACUCUAAAGUGGGCAACUCAGCUUCCCCAUGUUCCUGUGGCAGUAAGAGUGGGGAAUUUACAAGAUUUGAAGGGUGUGAUAGUCACACUGAAUGAUAAUGGCUACUUACAAUGCUCCUACCUUGGUACAGAUCCUUCUUUGUUUCAGGCUCCUAAAGUUGAAGCUAGGGAUAUAAAUUAUGAAGAAUAUGAUGCAGAAAUGAAUAAACUUCAGAGAAUCAUAAAAGAAGCCACAAAAACCAAAGAUAUCUUGCCUGUAUCUAAAAAAAGUGAAGAUUUGGUGCUUGCUGUGGAGUUCUUGUCUGAUCUCAAUUCAGUUUCUCAAGCCAAUGACAGUGAAGUAAGAGCGGAGGUGGUUCCAUCAGUGACAAUAAAGAUCACAUUAGAGAGCAGACUGACAGCACUGAAAACCAAAUUAUCAUUACAUGUACAACCUCCUUUAGCAUUGACUCAUGACAAGUUCAUCUUGGACUUAGAGUCAUCUGUAUCUAAAACUGUGACAUUCUCUGCCUUUCUAAUGGGGAACUGCCCACCCUCUGAUUUGGAUAGUAACGCUUUAGCUUCAUAUAGCACGCCAACAGGUAUACCAAAAUUUGCCCAGUGCAAAUUUCGAUUACCCUUGCGGUUAGUUUGCCUUCCAGCUCUGCCUUCGAAAACUGCGAGCCAGAGGUUAACUAUUGACACAAACAAACCUCCAGUGAGCCUUGUUACCCUUUUCCCAGACUUUGCUGAUCAGACUGAUGAAGAUCAACUAAAUGCUUUAGGAUUUCAGUUAUUAGCUGGAUCUAGAGUCACAUUACUUGCUUCAAAAACAUCACAACGCUACAGAAUUCAGAGUGAUCAGUUGGAAGAUAUUUGGCUAAUUACGAAAGAACUCACUCUUCGCCUUGAAGAACACUUCAGGAAACAAGACUGCAAAGACUUCAUGUGUACUUUUUCUGGCCCAAUCCCUUUGCAAGAAUAUUUUGAGAUAAUUGAUCAUCAUUUUGAGCUGCGCUUGAAUGCUGCAAAAUAUGAGCAACUAUUAUCUGAAAGAGCCAUACAAUUUAGAGCUAUUGAGCGACGUCUACUGGCACGGUUUAAAGAUAAAACUCCAGCUCCUCUUCAACAUCUGGACACCUUGCUAGAAGGAACUUACAGACAGGUAAUAGCUCUAGCAGAUGCGGCUAAAGAAAACCAAGCCAAUAUGUUCCAGGUAUUCACAAAGUUAAAAAGUGCCACCCAGCUGGUAAUUCUGCUGAUUAGUCUGUGGCAGAAACUGAAUGCUGACCAAGUUGCUAUUCUGGAAGCUACGUUUUUGCCAUUAACACAGGAUACUCAAGAGCUGGGUUGGGAAGAAAGUGUGGAUGCUUCUGUCUCUCACUUGUUGAAAACAUGUUUGUCCAAGAGUUCUAAAGAACAUGCCCUGACUCUUGCCAGUCAGUUGAGUAUCCCCAGGGAUACUAAUAGGCUGAAGAAACACAUAACCUUGCUUUAUGACAGAUUGGCCAAAGGUGGUCGUAUGUCUCUAAGCACGGAUGUUGAUGCUCAACAAAAUGUGAUUCUGCCAGGUGGCUGUGCUACCAUCCCAGAGUCUGACCAAGAGGAAAGACCAGCCUCAGAAGACUCCACAACAGUGUUUACCAAUCACAGACAUCUCCAUAAGCAGAAGACCAAACCUGAUUUGCCACAGGAUGAAUUACAGGAAGCAGAAAAGCCAUGAAAAGCUCAAGAAAACCCUCAGGAGAAUUUUUAAAUCUGUGCAUUUACAAUCCAACAGGACCAAUUUAUUUUCCUCGGUAGUGAACGCAACCAGCCUCAAGAAGGAAGUCCACUAACAGUACAAAAUACUUCCAGUUACAUCCAAGCACCUGGCUCUCCCUUACUAGCUAUUAAUUUUUGGCAUGCUUUCCCAUAACCAAAUUCUGGACCACUUACCAAACGGAAGGAGUAAGCAGUUUUACGUUAAUCUGCAGUUAUCAGUCUUUUAUUGGAAUCCUGAUGAUUGAUUAAAACUUUUUAUGAAUUGAGGAAUGUAUGCACACCUUUUUAAAUGUACAGUAUAUCUCAUUUUUCCUGAAUUUUUGUGUGUGAAUAUCUCACUUGGAUAUUGUUAAUUUUGCCCUCCACUGUACAGUUUUGAUCGAGGCUAACCAUGUUCUUUUCCUGCCAGCUAAUGUGAUUAAAUUUACCAUUAAAAUUUCCCAAUAAUCCAGAUUUUCCUAUAUCAGGUCACUCCUGAUUUACAAAUCUGACUUUAAGUGAUAUAAUGGAAGUAAAUUUUGUUUACUUGAAAGUAAGGUUUGCAACACUGCUUCUCUUUUUGUGCAGAAAAGGUUAGUGCAUACAAAGCAAAACACAUCUAAUUCCCUGCAUUUGGUGUGUGUUGCUCUUUUCCAGAUGGUUUAUAAUUCUGUUCUCUUCCAUGAAAUUUGUUACAAAGGACCAAAUAUUUGAAAGACCUGAGGCAGGCCAUAUUGCCUAAAAUGGGGCUCUUUUAAUGAUCACUCACCUAUGUCUGAUCCAAAUAUCUGAUAAAUAGCUGCCAUCUUGCUGGAGAGACCCAAAGAGUGGAUUUGAGUUUAGCUAUACAACUUGUUUGCACAAAAUUGUCUGAUAUGUCAGUCUAAACUUUCAUAGGUCAGUACUAAAAUGUUGGCAGGUUUUGUACAACUUUGAGUUUUGCAAUUGUCGUCCCUAAAGCAUAGGAUUUUAUAUGCCAUAAUGCACACCAGAGGAGAGCAUGUGGAAGGAGUAAUGAAGUCAAGAUGAUAGCAGUGUUAAUUCAGAGACAUGCACCAUUGUCUGGAGAGAAAAAACGCAGGCCUGGCUCCAAUGCUACAUGCUCCAAUUAAAGCAUAUGCUUCUCUUUUUGUUUUGGUCUACUUGUUGCACCACAUCAAAUUACAGAACUGCCGCUUAUUUGGCAGGACAUGUAGCCUUUUUUGCCUCAGCUCCUUAUAAUAGGGAGACAGAAUGCAAAAAUCCCUGACUUUUUAGCACCUUCUGUUGGCUUUCUUGGCAAAUGAUCCAGGGUCUCAGGGGUUGAAACAGCUGGGAGAUGCAAAUAUGUGCCAUGUUAGCAGGUGUUUCAACUAAAGAUUAGGACUAUACAUUUUAAAAUAAAAAUAAAAAAACAUUUCUUUUGGCAUAUAUAUCCUCUGUCUUGUUCAGAUAGUUGAUUUUGCUCUAAAUGUAUAGUUUUGAUUAAAAGAUAAACAUCUUCUGUUUUCACCCAUUGCUGAUCAGCAGCGAUUUCCUAUUUUAUCUGUUCCAUGGACAAAAAUAAAACUUCCAGUCUUCCAGUCAUA